GGUCUAAUCUCUAAAGUCUGCAGGAAAACCUAACACCUCUACAACAAAGAGACAAAUAGUCCAGUUAAAUAUGAGCAAGGGAAAUGAAUAAACACUUCGCCAAAGAAGACAUUCAAGUGGCUAACAGACGCAUAAGGAAAUGCUUGGGAUCACUAGCCAUUAGAGUGAUGGAAAUCAAAACUACAGUGAGAUACCGUGUCACCCCGGCAUUACUGGCAUCAGUUGAAAAAAAAAAAAAAAAAUGUUGGAGAAGCCAUGGGGAGAUUGUAACUCUUGUGCACUGCUGGUGGGAAUGCAAAAUGGUAUAACCAUUUUGAAAAUGAUACUGCGCUUCCCCAGAAAGCUAAAAAUUGAAAUACCAUAUGAUCCAGCAAUCCCACUCCUAAGAAUAUAUCCUAGACAAAUAAUAGCCAUCAUAGGAACAGGCAUAUGCACACCCAUGUUCAGUGCAGCAUUGUUCACAAUAGCAAAAAGAUGGAAACAACGUAGAUGCCCAUCAGCAGAUAAAUGGGUAAACAAACUAUGGUAUAUACACACAACAGAGUACUGUGCUAUGAUAAAGAACAAUAAUGACUCUGCAAAGCAUCUCACAACAUGGAUGAACCUGGAAGGCAUUAUACUGAGUGAAAUAAGUCAAUCAGAAAAGGGCAAAUACUGUAAUAGAACACUACUAUAAAAACUCAUGAAAAGGUUUACACACAAAAAGGAACAAUCUUUGAUGGUUAUGAGGGAGGGAAAGAGUGGGAAUGGAAAAACACUAAAUAAUAGAUAAGUUGUACCUCUGGUGAAGGGUUAGACAGUACACAGUACUGGGGAAGUUGGCACAACGUGUAUAAUGCAAGAUCAUGGAAGCUCCAUAGACUCAUCCAAACUCCCUGAGGGACCAAAUUACUGGGCUCAGGGGUGUGGGGACCAUGGUCCUGGGGAACAUCUAACACAAUUGGCAUAACAUAGUUUAUAAAGAAAAUGUUCUACAUCCUACUUUGAUGUGUAGCUUCUGUGGUCUUACAAGCCUGUGAACGGCCAUUUAAGAUAUUCCACUGGUCUCACCUCUUUGGGAGCAAGGGAGAAUGAAGAAGACUAAGGCACAAGGGGAAGGUUAGUCCAAAGGACUUAUGGACCACAAGUACCACGGUCUCCACCAGACUGAGUCCAGUACAGUAGAUGGUGCUUGGCUACUACCCCUGACUGCUCUGACAGGGAUCACAACAGAGCUGGAGAAAAACGUUGAACAAAAUUCCUAACUAACAAAAAAAGACCAGACUUAUUGGCUUGACAGAGACUGGAGAAACCCGGAGAGUAUGGCCCAUGGACAGCCUUUUAGCUCAGUAAUGAAGUCACUCCUCAGGUUCACCCUUCAGCCAAAGGUUAAACAGGCCCAUAAAACAAAAUGAAACUAAAGGGGCACACUGGCCCAGGGGCAAGGACUAGAAGGCAGAAGGGGACUAGAAAGGUUGUAAUAGGGAACCCAAGGUUGAGAAGGGAGUGUGUUGACACGCUGUGGGGUUGUUAACCAGUAUCUUGAAAGAAUAUGCAUAUUUUUGCAUAGAUUUCAUCUCAAAUUAUGUACGUGAAUUCUCAAUGAAGUCCUGCUACCCAGAUCUCGUAAGCACUGUGGUCCAAUCAAAUUAAAGUUAUUAUCUUAGCAGUCUAUGGCUUUAGAGUCUAGCUAUGUGAAUCUGGGCAUGCCAUUUAACCUUUGGUACCUUAGUUUCCUCCUUUAUAAAACAGGUUUAAUAUCUGUUGGCAUUUCUUGGGGCUGCCAUAACAAAAUACUAUAAAUGGGGUUGAUUUAAAAAUAGGAAUUUAUUUUCCCACAGUUCUCAAGGCUGGAAGUUCAAAUUUAGGGUGUUAGCAAGGCUAUGCUAUCUCUCUAUUGGCUCUAGGGGAUGAUUCUUCCUUGUUUUCUUUAGUUUCUGUAGCCUGGAAUGUUUCUUGACGUUCCUUGGCUUGUAGAGAGAUUGUCACAUGCUGUUUUUCCUCUGUAUGUGACCGUCCUUCUCUUUUGUAAAAUGCCACUCAGACCGGAUGAGGAUGAAGACUCAGCCUACUCCAGUAUGAAUUCAUUAACUAAUAACAUCUGCAAAGAAAAACCCUUUUUCCAUAAACAAGGUCACAUUCACUGGUGCAGGGACUAGGAAUUCAGCAUAUCCUUUUAGGUGACAAAGCUUAAUCCAUAAGAAUAUUGACUUCUGUUGUUUCAUGGAAUUGUUGUGGACAUUAGAGAAGAUAAUGGAGUUAAAUAAGCAAAGUUUACUGUGUACCUGCUUGGAGAGAUAUGUAUUUCUAGAUUCUAGGGAAAUAAAAAUGGAAUAAAACAUAGUGCUUUUGUUAUUUAUAAUAUAGUGGGGAAGACAGUCUGUUUAUAAUCAGUUGUAGUAAAGGUGGUAUUGUUAGCUGCUGUCCAGUUGACCUGUGAUUCAUGCUGACCCCAUGUGCACAACAGGAUUGGACUGUUGUGAUCUACAGGGUUUUCAUUGGCUAAUUUUUUGAAGGUUGCCAGGCCUUUCUUCCUAGCCCGUCUUAGUCUGGAAGCAGCACUGAAACCUGUUCAGCAUCAUAACUACCUGUAAGCCUCAACUGAUAGACAGGUGGUGACUGUGCAUCAGCUGCAUGCAUUAUCUGGGAAUCGAACCCAGGUCUCCCACAUGGAGGGUGAGAAAUUUAAGACUGAACUAGCACUGCCCUCUUAUAAUAAGGUCUACUGUGAUAAAUGCUCAAAUACAAGCAUAAACAAAGAAUUAUGAGAAUCCAGAAAAAGGAGCUGUUUUGACUUGAGGCAGUGAGCCAAGGCUUCACCGAGGAGCCGGUCUCUGAUUUAAACCUGUUGCCUUUGGAGUCGAUUCCAACUCAUAGGAACCAUACAGGACUGAGUAGAACUGCCCCAUAGGGUUUAAAGCCCUGUGUAAAUGCCAAGGUGCUAUAUAAACACAGAUGUAAUGUUGUUCAGUUUUAUAUGUCGAACGUUUUACCACAAGCUAAUCUGACUGGAAACCACUUGGCUAUUUCUUCUGUUCCUUUUUUUCUUUUUUAUGUGUAGGUUCGACCUUACUAUUAAGUCUUUACUCUUACUUGUCCUGAUCCCUGGCUCUAGGCGUACUCUUAUUGUGUGGCAGUCAGUCUUUUUCUCUUCUGUGAAUGACUGAUUUUUGUGUUUUUUUUUUUUCUUUUUUCUUUUCCCCAAGGGAAAAGUUUUUAAUGUGUUUUAAUUUUUGAUAAUACAAUUAUUGCCUCCAGGCCGCCUUUUCAAAGACUCUGAAUUUCCAAGGAAACACCCAUUUUGCUAUUAUCCAGAUACAGUUAGACUGAGCUUUUAUGGUAGAACAUUUUGUUCUAUUUGCUCUCAUUUUUUUUUAAUAGACAAAGAUAAACAGCUUAAACAGAUACCCAUCUCUGGUUGCUGCUUCUAACAAUAAUAUUUAGCAGCCAGUGAAUAUUCUGCAAGUGCCUUUCUCAGAAAGGCUGCAUUAAGUAAACAAUCAGUAAAUAUUUUGGAUGACUGAUUGAUGAUAGAAUUUAAAGCUAGCCAAGUGUCCUAUCAGGCUAAAACAUUGUUUUUCUGUUUUGGUAAAUAAUACUCAUCUUGGUUAGACAGAUCUUAUCAGAAACAGUGUUAGUAUUUCAUACCAAACAUAUUUUUAUAAAGCUCAUGAGAGCUAAAAAUAAUAAAUUUUGAACUGAUUAAAUCAUAUUUCAUUAGUGUUUAUUUGACAUAUAUUUUGAUUUAUUUCCAAAUCACAAGUUAUACUGUAUCCUGUGUUUUGAAGAGUGGUAGCUGUUGUGGAGUAUUCCACUCAGUCAGCAUGUACAGUAAAUCUUAUUUUGUUUUUGCUGUUGAACUCUUAGCCACAGAUUGAAUUGAUACUUGAAAACAUACUUAAAUCCUUGGCUACCAAAUGAAGAUUUAAUUACAGGUGUUUUGUGAGAUUUACGCAAAUAUUUGGUGGUUUCUGUAUCAGGAACCACUGUAAUUUGAGGUGUCAUUUCCUUUGCAGACUUCAGCACCAGUAGUCUAAGGGAUGUAGCCAUUUCUAACACUCUUGUCUGGGUCCACAGAAGAGUCAGUUGGCUACUAUAUACAUAUUUCAGAUUCGGGUGUUUUCUCGAAUUACCUUGCUUCCGUAAACAACCAUGCAUCAUCAGAAUCACCAGAAGGUAAACUUCUACAGGGUAGAGAUUUUAUCUUUCUUAGUCUAUUUCCAGUUUAUAGAACAGUGCUUGGCAUAUAAUAGUUGUUCAGUAAAUUAAUUGUUGAAUUAAUUACCAUCAGCUCUGACAUCACCAUCAGUACUCCCACUGCUCAUAUACAUACUGACACAUAAGACCUGGAUCCUGUUCUCUAACAAAUGGCCUUCUGUUCCCUCUGUUAUUCCAUCCUUUAUGUCUCAGACUAGAGAUUUCCUCUGUUCAUUCAUCAAUGACCUACUAUUUCCUUAUAUAAUAAUAGCAGUAGCAGUAACAAUGAAGAUGAUGUUGAUUGCUAGUAUUUUUAAGUACUAGCUGUGUGGUAUGUCAAAGGUUAUUAAAAUAGUGUUUAUUAAUCACUAUGUCUAUAUGCAUUGUAUCACUUAAUCUUAACAGCAGAAUAUGAGAUAUUUUAUCUUGGAGAAAAACUACAGCUCAGAGAAAUUAGGUAACUUUACCAAAAUCAUAACAAAAUCAUAACAUGGGGCAGAAUCAGGCCUCAGUUCUUGUUUUUCUGGUGCCAAAGGCUAUGAGAUUAUCAAGUUUAGUUUUCUCCAUGAUGACUUUUUCAGUAUAUCUGAUAGUUUAAUGUCCAGCAAAGGGGUUCUCAUUCUCUAGAAGACACUUAAUUCCACUGCUAGACUGUAAUUAUUAAUGAUUCUUCCUAAUAUUAAGGAAAUAUUGAUAUAUUUCCUGUAACUUCUCAACUAUUAUGUCUUAACAAAGCUGCCAGAAAUCUCCAGGAUGGAAUGACUCUAUUUCAAGUGGCUAUAUUUAACACAUUCUAUUUAAUAUACGUUAUAUGUAUAAACAACAUUUGCCUGGCUGUAAGCAAGAAAUCUCUUUUCAGUUUUGUCAGCCUGGCGGGUGGCAGCUGUCCAGAGAGAGGAAGCAGCCAACGUUCUUUGUGGUAGUCCUGACAGAUAUUGACUCGGAUCGUCAUUACUGCUCAUGCCUAACCUUCUAUGAGGCAGAGAUCAAUCUCCAGGGAACAAAGAAGGAAGAGAUUGAAGGUGAAGAGGAAGUGUCUGGUUUAAUUCAGCCUGCAGAAGUGUUUGCUCCUAAAAGUCUGGUGUUGGUAUCCAGAUUAGAUUAUCCAGAAAUUUUUAGGGCUUGCCUGGGUUUGAUCUAUACUGUAUAUGUGGACAGUCUGAAUGUCUCCUUAGAAAGCCUCAUUGCAAACCUUUGUGCAUGCCUUGUCCCCACGGCUGGAGGGUCUCAGAAGCUCUUUUCCUUGGGUGCAGGAGAUAGACAACUGAUCCAGACUCCUUUACAUGAUAGUCUUCCUGUCACAGGCGCUAGUGUGGCUCUUCUGUUCCAGCAGUUGGGAAUUCAAAAUGUCCUCAGCCUCUUUUGUGCAGUCCUCACAGAAAAUAAAGUUCUUUUCCAUUCUGCAAGUUUCCAGAGACUUAGUGAUGCGUGUAGAGCCCUGGAAUCUUUAAUGUUUCCUCUUAAGUAUAGUUAUCCUUAUAUUCCCAUUCUCCCGGCUCAGCUACUGGAGGUUCUGAGUUCCCCAACGCCUUUCAUUAUUGGAGUACAUUCUAUCUUUAAAACUGAUGUCCAUGAACUUUUAGAUGUAAUCAUAGCAGAUUUGGAUGGAGGCACUAUUAAAAUUCCUGAAUGUAUUCACCUCUCCUCCCUCCCAGAACCACUUCUACAUCAGACCCAAGCAGCUCUUUCUUUGAUUUUACACCCAGAUUUGGAAGUAGCAGAUCAUGCUUUUCCCCCUGCACGAACAGCUUUAUCCCACUCAAAAAUGCUGGAUAAAGAAGUACGAGCAGUUUUCCUUAGAUUAUUUGCGCAGCUUUUCCAAGGAUAUAGGUCAUGCCUACAACUUAUAAGAAUUCAUGCAGAACCAGUAAUACAUUUUCACAAGACAGCUUUCUUGGGGCAGCGUGGUUUGGUUGAGAAUGAUUUCCUCACUAAAGUACUCAAUGGAAUGGCAUUUGCAGGUUUUGUUUCAGAAAGAGGUCCUCCUUAUAGAUCCUGUGAUCUCUUUGAUGAGUUGGUAGCCUUUGAAGUAGAGCGAAUUAAAGUAGAAGAAAAUAACCCAUUGAAGAUGAUAAAGCAUGUCAGAGAACUUGCUGAGCAACUAUUCAAAAAUGAGAAUCCAAACCCUCACAUGGCAUUCCAGAAAGUGCCACGCCCAACAGAAGGAUCCCACUUGCGAGUUCAUAUUCUUCCCUUCCCAAAGAUUAAUGAAGCCCGGGUUCAGGAAUUAAUACAGGAAAGUCUUGCUAAGAACCAGAAUGCACCACCUGCUACGCGAGUGGAAAAGAAAUGUGUUGUGCCAGCAGGUCCACCUGUUGUUUCGAUAACGGAUAAGGUGAUGACAGUUUUCAACAGUGCGCAGAGACUGGAAGUUGUUAGAAACUGCAUCUCAUUUAUAUUUGAAAAUAAAACUUUGGAGACUGAAAAGACACUUCCUGCUGCCCUAAGAGCCCUGAAAGGAAAGGCAGCAAGACAGUGUCUUACAGAUGAAUUGGGUUUACAUGUCCAGCAAAACCGGGCAAUAUUAGACCAUCAACAGUUUGACUACAUAAUAAAGAUGAUGAACUGUACUCUACAGGAUUGUUCAAGUUUAGAAGAAUAUAACAUUGCUGCAGCAUUACUCCCUUUGACCAGUGCUUUCUAUAGGAAACUUGCCCCUGGAGUCAGCCAGUUUGCUUACACCUGUGUACAGGACCACCCCAUUUGGACUAAUCAGCAGUUUUGGGAGACAACCUUUUACAAUGCUGUACAGGAACAGGUUCGCUCCCUGUGUCUCUCUGCCAAGGAAGACAAUCAUGCUCCACAUCUGAAGCAAAAGGAUAAGCUUCCCGAUGACCAAUUUCAGGAAAAGACAGCAAUGGACCUUGCAGCCGAGCAGCUCCGCCUUUGGCCUACUCUUAGCAAGUCAACACAGCAGGAGUUGGUUCAGCGUGAGGAAAGCACUGUCUUCUGUCAGGCCAUUCACUUUGCAAACCUCAUGGUCAACCUACUGGUUCCACUAGACACAAGUAAAAACAAGCUCCUAAGAACAUCGGCCCCAGGUGACUGGGAAAGUGGAAGCAACAGCAUUGUCACAAACAGUAUUGCAGGAAGUGUAGCUGAGAGCUAUGAUACAGAAAGUGGAUUUGAAGAUUCAGAGAAUAAUGACAUUGCCAAUUCUGUUGUGCGUUUCAUUACCCGAUUUAUUGACAAGGUUUGUACGGAGAGUGGAGUUACCCAGGAUCACAUCAAGAGCCUUCAUUGCAUGAUACCAGGAAUUGUAGCUAUGCACAUUGAAACCCUAGAAGCAGUGCAUCGAGAGAGCAGAAGACUUCCGCCAAUACAGAAGCCCAAGAUUCUUAGACCUGCACUGCUGCCAGGAGAAGAAAUUGUUUGUGAAGGUCUUCGAGUCCUGCUGGAUCCUGAUGGAAGAGAAGAAGCCACUGGAGGCCUUCUUGGAGGCCCUCAGCUCCUGCCAGCAGAAGGAGCCUUGUUCCUCACCACAUACAGAAUUCUGUUCAGGGGAACUCCCCAUGAUCAGCUAGUUGGUGAGCAGACAGUUGUGCGGAGCUUUCCCAUUGCCUCCGUCACCAAGGAGAAGAAGAUCACAAUGCAGAACCAGGUACAGCAGAAUAUGCAAGAAGGACUGCAGAUCACAUCAGCAUCUUUUCAGUUGAUUAAAGUAACAUUUGAUGAAGAAGUGAGCCCAGAAGUAGUAGAGAUCUUUAAGAAACAGCUGAUGAAGUUCCGGUAUCCUCAGUCCAUUUUCAGCACCUUUGCUUUUGCUGCUGGACAAACUACCCCACAGAUAAUUUUACCCAAACAGAAGGAAAAGAAUACCUCCUUUCGCACCUUCUCAAAAACAAUUGUGAAAGGUGCCAAACGAGCAGGGAAAAUGAAAAUUGGGCGGCAGUAUUUAUUGAGGAGAAGGACAGGGACAAUUGUAGAAGAGAGAGUGAAUCGUCCUGGAUGGAAUGAAGAAGAUGAUAUAUCUGUUUCAGAUGACAGUGAACUCCCCGCAAGUACUACCCUGAAGGCUUCUGAGAAGUCUACAAUGGAACAGUUAGUGGAAAAAGCUUGUUUCAGAGACUAUCAACGAUUAGGUUUGGGAACCAUAAGUGGCAGCUCUUCCCGCACAAAACCGGAGUAUUUUCGAAUCACUGCCUCCAACAGGAUGUAUUCACUCUGCCGGAGCUAUCCUGGCCUUCUAGUCGUACCUCAAGCUGUACAAGACAGUAGUUUACCAAGAGUAGCCCGCUGCUAUCGACACAAUCGCCUGCCUGUCGUAUGUUGGAAGAACUCAAGAAGCAGCACCCUGCUUCUCCGAUCUGGAGGAUUCCAUGGGAAGGGAGUAGUUGGUCUUUUCAAAUCUCAGAACUCUCCUCAGGCAGCUCCUACCUCUUCUUUAGAAUCUUUCAGUAGCAUAGAACAAGAAAAGUACUUGCAAGCCUUACUGAGUGCAGUUUCAGUCCAUCAGAAACUCAAUGGUAACAACACCCUUACUGUCAAGCCAGCACUUGCUCUAUCUCCAGGGACUGAAAGGAGAACUUCAAGAAUGUCCACUGUGCUUAAGCAGGUAGUGCCAGGACAUUUGGAUGUAAACCCAUCCAAUAGCUUUGCUCGAGGAGGUGUGUGGGCAAGUUUUCGGUCUAGCACUCGCUUGAUCAGCUCUCCAACAUCCUUCAUUGAUGUUGGCGCCCGGCUGGCAGGCAAGGAUCACCCGACCUCCUUUAGUAACAGCACCUACCUACAAAACCAGCUCUUGAAACGCCAAGCAGCCCUUUACAUAUUUGGUGAAAAGUCACAACUAAGGAACUUCAGGUUAGAAUUUGCGUUAAAUUGUGAGUUUGUUCCUGUUGAAUUUCAUGACAUCCGACAAGUGAAAGCCAGCUUUAAAAAACUAAUGAGGGCUUGUAUACCAAGUACCAUCCCUACUGACUCGGAAGUGACCUUCCUGAAAGCCCUUGGAGACUCUGAGUGGUUCCCACAGCUUCACAAGAUAAUGCAGCUGGCUGUGGUUAUAUCAGAAGUACUUGAGAAUGGUUCCUCAGUUUUGGUCUGUUUGGAAGAAGGCUGGGAUAUCACUGCACAAGUGACAUCCCUGGCUCAGUUACUCAGUGAUCCCUUUUAUAGGACACUUCAAGGCUUCCGGAUGUUGGUCGAAAAAGAGUGGCUGUCUUUUGGUCAUAAAUUCAGUCAGCGGAGCAGCUUGACCCUCAGCUCUCAGGGUAGUGGUUUUGCUCCAGUCUUCUUGCAGUUCUUAGACUGUGUACACCAGGUUCACAACCAGUAUCCAACUGAGUUUGAAUUCAAUCUAUAUUACUUGAAGUUCUUGGCUUUCCACUAUGUGUCUAAUCGCUUUAAAACAUUUCUUCUGGAUUCAGACUAUGAUAGAUUAGAGCACGGAACUUUAUUUGAUGAUAAAGGAGACAAGCAUGCCAAAAAAGGGAUUUGUAUCUGGGAGUGUAUUGAUAGAAUGCAUAAGAGGAGUCCUGUUUUCUUUAAUUAUUUAUAUUCACCAAUGGAAAUAGAGGCCCUGAAGCCCAAUGUAAAUGUCUCCAGCCUCAAGAAGUGGGAUUACUAUAUAGAGGAGACCCUGUCCACAGGACCUUCAUAUGACUGGAUGAUGCAGACCCCUAAGCACUUCCCCUCUGAGGACACUGAACUGGCCAGAGGAGCUAGGCCCCAGAGUCAGAGGAGAACAGUGUGGCCAUGCUAUGAUGACGUCAGCUGUACUCAGCCCGAUGCUCUCACCAGCCUUUUCAGUGAAAUUGAAAGACUGGAACAUAAAUUGAACCAAACCCCUGAGAAGUGGCAGCAGCUGUGGGAAAGGGUAAAAGUGGACCUGAAAGAAGAACCAAGAGCAGACCAUCCCCAGAGACACACUUCGGGCUCCCCAGGAAUUGUGUCUACCAACCUACCUUCCUAUCAGAAGCAGUCUCUGCUGCACCUCCCAGACAGCAGCAUGGGGGAGGAGCAGAACGCCAGCAUCCCGCCAUCCAACGGAGUGGACCGGAGAGCAGCCACACUGUACAUCCAGUACACGUCCAAGAAUGAUGAAAACAGGUCCUUUGAGGGAACUCUUUACAAAAGAGGAGCUUUGCUGAAAGGUUGGAAACCCCGUUGGUUCGUUUUGGACGUAACAAAACAUCAGCUGCGUUACUAUGACUCGGGCGAGGACACAAGCUGUAAAGGCCACAUUGAUCUGGCUGAAGUGGAAAUGGUCAUCCCUGCUGGCCCCAGCAUGGGAGCUCCAAAGCACGCGAGUGACAAGGCUUUCUUUGAUCUCAAGACCAGCAAACGUGUGUAUAACUUCUGUGCCCAGGAUGGACAAAGUGCCCAGCAAUGGAUGGACAGGAUCCAGAGCUGUAUCUCUGAUGCCUGAUGCCUGUAGUCAAUCCAAGCAGAAGAGAGAGACUUAUGCUGCCAGAUAGAAAAGAGGAACACGAAUUCUCGUGGAGCAGACAGCUUCCUUUGGGUUCUGAUGAAUCAUCCCAGGGCCUGAGGCUCUCCUGCCCAGUCUUACCCAGUUCCCCUCUUUCAGCUGUAGCUGAGUCUACUUAACCUGCAUGGGUGUGUCACACAGGUCUGGUCUUGCGCCCCAGGCACUCCCUGUAUCUUGCACUAAAUUGUUCUAACAGGGUCUUAGUGAUUAGGGAUCAGAAGAAUGCCUCCUGAGCCACUUGUCAUCCAUCCUCUAGGCAAAAUCACUACCACUCACUUGGGUCCUUCUUCAUGAACACUAGAUCCUUUUUAUUCUCCAAGAUUAUGAUUUCGUUGGGGAGUUUUUUGGCAAACAAAAAUAAAAACCCUCCAGGAUCACCCUACAUUCUACACAGAAUGGGUUUCCCAUCAGAGGCACCUACCCUUACUGCCUGACCUUAGAGAUGCUCAGUUCUCUGGUGCUGCCAAAACUUGCUUCCAUAAUCCCUGCUGUUCCCCUGGGGUUCACAGUGAGAGGCCUCGGUGCUCCGUGGCAGGCAGCGGGAGAGCACAGGACUAUCCUGAUGGAAAAGGUGGUCCAGGGAGUGAUGCUGCAAUCAGUGACCAGGCCAAUGCUGCUUCCAGAACACUACAUUCUCUAGACCCGAGGUGCUCUGAGGAUGCAGGGCCUUGUGCUCCAGUGUUUUCUUCUGCUCCCUGUCAGCUUCCUAUACAAAAUAACAUGCAAAAAGCUGAAUGCACUAACUCAUGAAACAAACACUUGCACUGAACUUCGAAUGAAGGGAAGACAGAGGCCAGCUAUUUGUGACUACAUGACACCUGCAGCAGGGCUGUGUAGACUAGUCAGACUGUGGUAUGAUUGGACACCAAAACACUAUUCUGCACAAGAAAAGUAAGAAUUGCUUUUAGAUUUUCUUUACUUUUGAUAACCUUGUGUUCGUUUAGCUUAGGAUCUGAGGGAUGGUGUUUGCUCACAGUGAACAGAAACAGCACCUCUGCUAUAGCCACUGGCGCCAGCUGGAGUCAUUGUAGCUAGAUCACUGCAUUUCUUUUGAAAUGUUAAUAUGUUAAAUAUCAAACUAAUAUUUCAAAAAUGUGUAUAUAUGAUUUCUAUAUCCUUGUUUUUCAGCCUGCUUAUAAUUUAAUAUAAAAUUAACUAAGCCGGUUCAUAAGACUUCAGUAACGAAACUAUUCCCUUUUUUAAAAAUAAAAAACCACUUUGUCUUUUUAGAUUAAAAAUAAAUCAGAUUUUUAAAUUUAAAAUUAUCCACACACUAGGAAAUAGGAUUGUGUUAAUAUAUAAGAAAUUGGGAGAUAAGAAUGAAGGACUUUUCUAUCGUUUUCAUUUUAUAAAUUGCCACCUGUGAAAAUAGUUUUUGCACAUUAUUUGUAUUUUUCUUUGUAUAUGAAAUAAUUUUUUUGUAUUUUGUAAAAUACGGAGCCCAUUGUACCUUCAGCUAUUUGAGACGGCACAAACACAGUGCUUCUUUUGUAACUGGAUUCUUUUAAUGUUCGUAGAGGCGUUACAUGCCUUCACUAACCACCGUGAAUUAAAUUUAUUCCUUAAGAAAAGCGUCCCUCACUUACUGUGCAGUGAGGUUCCUUCUACAGUGCACGGCGCUCAGGAGGGCCGCGUGGGUUAGGUACUACACACACCGCUACGGAGUUUACGUAGGGAACCUGCGCCCAAGCUCCUGGUUCCUGCCACCAGGCCCACCCUCUGCCUCUGCUAAGCCCUGCGAGAUUGGCUAAGUCCCUUACCUCUUCUGGGUCGUAGUUUCACCACUUCGGUAUGUGGCAAUUUGUGAAAAUUUUAGUCAUGAGAAGGUGAACUCUGGUUGGGUUUCAGAUUUUUCUGCCUCAGGGAAUUGUUAAUAGCACAAAGGAACAAUCGGUGAUUUCAGUUCUGGAUGACACUUCCUCUAGUUAAGCCCUUGGAGUUUACCUCGGGAACUUUGGCCACGUCAAGUUGUGUAGACAACAGUGAAUCUGAGUCUUCAUCUCAGGGCUGAAUCUCUAAAUCCUUUGACAUCCAGGAGCCCUCUCUGAGCCACAUAGGAGGGCCCCCAAGAGCCACUGAAACUCAAGGUGAGGUCAGUGACACAACCCCUCCUUGAGCCUUCAGGUUUCCUCAGUCUGUUAGCCAUCUCCACAACUUUCUGUGGGUCGAGCCCCGUUGGCUCACCCUCUGUCCCUGCCAGUCAUUACUGGCCUUAUAUAAUAUAUCCAUUCCAGCAUGUUCAUUUUCAUCAGCUUUUUUUAACUUCUCCCUCUACCAUCGCCAGAAAAGCUCAGGUAUUUACACUUUGCCGACAAUUGGCCAUCACUUAUUCCAGAUUUUGAAGAGUCACCCCAGCAGAGUCUGCCCCAUUCCCUGAUGUGCUAGCUGGAGCAUUAAAUCUUGUGUCCCAAGAAAGUGCCCCCAACUCAAUGAGUCCUCCCUUACCUAAUCUUACAUUCCAGCCCCCCUAAUUAAGCACUCUUAAAGCCCAGUCCCAGGAGUACUGCCCUGGCCCCUGGCUCCUACCAGAAUACAUAAUGGUUAAAUCUUACCAUUCUUUAGGGGUAUGGUCUGUUUUCUCCUUUAUCAGGCCCAGUAUGUCCUCAGCCAGAUUAUUCUGGAAUUCAACCCAAUAUCAUCCUGCAGUCAGGAAAGAAGAAGGGAGGGGUGGGGGAGGACCCGUUGCCUUGCAUGGGUGAGGCCUCUGUAGCGUCAUUCAGCACAGCAGAGGUAGUAGCUCUUACUGGGAAGGGUGGGCCAUCUCUGCAAGCCCAGGGAGUCAAGGAGGCAGCAGUACCAACAUCCUCAGGGAUAUCUAUCCUGGUGGCUCUAUCUCAUGUUUCAGGGUUCCAGAUUUUCCCCCACCAGGACCCUGGACUUCACACAACUGCCUUACUGAGCAUGCAAACAUCGCUGGACCUCUGCCCCUCUAACCAUUAGAUGUUAAGCCUGCCACUCAGUUACAUCUGUUCUUCCACUGUAAGAGAUAAGGGCUAUUUGUAAGCUAUUUAGCCAUUAACUCCUUGUUAAUGGCUCUCAGUCUCUCAUUAUCCCUCUGCAAGGCUUCAAUACAAUUUAGCAGUAACCAACUCUUCAUAGGCAUUAUUUCCUCCAUACUGUGCAAAUGCCUGAAUUGUCACACCUGUCACAGCAUCCUCUUCAAAUAAAUUUUCCCAGGUCACCACCAGAGCAAUAUUUAGCAUUUGAGCUGCUAUUUUGUGCCUGGACUGUGACCCACCAUCAGCCAAGAGGCACCCUCCUCACCUGCCUUCUCUGAGACAGUCACACAUCCCCAUCGUUCCGCUUGUUUCCUCAGACCACGGUCAGUACCAUUAGUUAUUUCCGGUCCUUCAAGAAGUAAGCACCAAGACAAGAUUAGAUAUGCAGGAAAUGUAUAGGGGAAACACCUAUGAGGAAAAUGGGAUGGGAGCUAUGAUAGGCUGCAAGGGCUGUCAGACCAUGAUGCAGGUCUGACCCCUGUGAAGGACAGAGGGAAGGAAGGAAGGUUUGGUGGGAAGAGGACUGCAGUACAGAUCUAAGAAAGUUUGGCAAGUCCAGUGUGGAUUCCAUGUGCCAAAAUUGCCUGUCGGGGAUUCUGCAUUGCCCAAGAAUGGACCUGCUUUACUCAUUGUUUGGGAACAGCCAUGGGCCUUCACAAAAACACUGUACUGGUUAUCACAGCAGCUGGGACCAUCAGUCAUUUACUGUCCCUACAGUCUGAGAGGUACCUUUUUAUGGCCACCACUAAAGGUCUAGGGGGUUUGUAUCUUUUUUGGAGUUCUAGACUCAAAAGUCAGAGAUGUUAGCAUUUUCUACCUGAGACCAAUGUACAUGGUGACUUCUGGCUCUGUCACUUACUAGCUUCCUGCCCUCAGGUGGUUCCUAACUUCUCUGAGUCUCAUUUCUUCACCUAUAAUAUUGGGGUAAGGAAUGAGAUGAUACAUAUGAAGGUACCCAGCAAAAAACGGAUUCUCAAUAACUUGUUGGUUGAAUCAGAUUUAUUCAAUAAAUAUGUAAUAAACCCUAAUGCAUGCUGAGCAUUGUACUGAUUCCAAGGAGUCUCUCAGUGAGUAAAAUACAGUUUAAGACCCAAAAGCUCACAGCCUAAAGCAGAGACAGAUCAUUUGUGGUAGGCAAAAUAAUGGCUCCCCAAAGAUGUCCACAACCCAACCCUUGGAAUUUGUGAAUGUGUUCUGUUACAUUCAAGGAGAAUUAGGUUGCAGAUGAAAUUAAAGUUGCCGAUCAACUGACCCUGAGGUGGCGAGAUUACCUUGCAUUAUCCAGGUGGCCCCAGUGUCACCACAAGGGACCUUAUAAGUGGAAGAAGGAGGAAGGAGGUCAGUGAUGCAAUGUGAGAAAGACUAGACUAGUUAUUGCUGGCUUUGAGGAUGAAAGGGAUCCACGAGCCGAGGAAUGUAGCCAGCCUGUAGAAGCUGGAAAAGGCAGGAAAACAGACGCCCCUAGAAUCUCCAGAAAAGAACACAGCCCUGCUGUCAUGGAUUGAAUUAUGUCCCCCAAAAAAUGUGUGUAUCGAUUUGGCUGGGCCAUGAUGUCCAGUAUUGUGUGGUUGUCCUCUAUUUUGUGAUUGUAAUUUUAUGUUAUAGAGGAUGGGAUUGUAACACCCUUACCCAGGUCACAUUCCUAAUCCAAAGGAAAGGGAAGCAAGCAGAGUUGGGGAACUCGUACCACUGAGAAAGCAAUGCCCGGAGCAGAGCGCGUCCUUCAGACCUGAGGUUCCUGUGCUGAGAUGCCUCCAGACCAAGGGAAGACUGAUGACAAGGACCUUCCUCCAGAGUUAGCAAAGAGAGCCUUCCCCUGGAGCCGGCACCUUGAAUUCUGACUUCUAGCCUACGGGACUAUGAGAGAAUAAACUUCUCUUUGUUGAAGCCAACCACUUGUGGUAUUUCUGUUAUAGCAGCACUAGAUGACUCAGACGCCUGCCAACACCUGGAUUUUUUAGACCCACGUCAGACUUUCUGACCUCCAGAAAUGUAAGAUAAUAAAUUUGAGUUGUUUUAAGCAACUGAGUUUGUAGUAAUGUGUUAUAGCAGUAAUAGGGAACUCUUACAGUAUUAUACGAAUGAGCUACAGUGUGAUAUAUGCAAUGUACAGGACGCAGGAGCCCAGGACAAGGAGGCUGGCUGUGGCAUGUCCCAGAAGGGGCACGAAGGAGGCAAGGGGACAGAGGUGCUAUGGGAGGUGAGGGCUGAUGGAGCUGAGCUGGGCAGGGAGCUGCUGCAAGGAUUUGAGGGAAGAUACGCACCUGCAAGUACACAGUCCUAUGCUCACACAAAUACACAGACAAGGCAUGCAUGUACACACAUGUAAACAUGCACAUAUGCCCACUCCAGUGACACAGGCAUUUAUACACACACUCAGAAGCAGGCCCACCCCCAGUGCCUGGAUUCUGCCUGUCUUUGGUACCGUCUAUUUAACAUCCAUGGAGCCCCAGUGGUGCAGUGGUUAAGCACUUGGCUGCUAACCAGAAUGCCAGAAGUUCAAAUUCACCAGCUGCUACUUGGAAAGCCUAUGGGGCAGUUCUGCUCUGUCCUGUAGGAUCACUGUGAGUUGGAAUCAACUCUAUGGCAACAGGCUUAUUAACAUCCGUAUUUCCUGCGGCAGUUGAGUUCAGCAGGUGGGGCUAUGGCCCCUUCAGCUGCCGUCACUAGCCGUGACCUGGGCAGGGAGGAUAGUGGGACCCUGAGCCUCACUAGUAGGAGGCAGCUGGAAAUGGCUUCACUGCCCAGGGUAAGCCCUGACUAUGCAUGUGUUCACCCAAAACCAUAGUGUGCCCAUCCUUCCGUACAUUUAUCUGUUCAUCACUCGUUAGCAUACACUUACUGACAUGUGCUCUGUACUAGCCCCUGUUCUGGGCACUUGGGACCCUGUAUUAGUCUCUAGGGCUACCAUAACAAAGCACCACAAACUGGGUGCCUUAUAAGAACAGAAAUGUAUUGUCUCAGAGUUCUAGAGCCUAAAAGUCUGGAUUCAAGGUAUUGGCAAGGCCAUGCUCU